AUGAAUUGCCUCGAGUGCGGAAAAGUGAACGAGCCAAACGACCUUUAUUUUUGCGAGGGACAUCUGCAGGCGGGCAAAGGCGCGAACGCGAAGCUAGCUGGCCAACUGGACCAACUGGCUAUCUUCUGUUCCAAGUGUUAUGUCUGCGGACAUUUUUCCUGCAAUGGCAGCAAGAAACCACUUCUGCUUUUUGAUUACCUGAAUGCGUUAAAUGAUGAGGAGCUGGAAAACGACUUGCUCGAGAGCGAACGUGAAGUCAAGCAGAUCAUUAGCCAAUUCCACCAAUUGGAAAACUUUCUAAAGGAGAAAAAGCUAACCAAACAGUCAACAAAAUUACCCGACGAUAUCAAGACGGUUCUCGCCAAGAUCAAUGCCGACCUCGCAAGCGUGAAUGCAUGCCUCUCAGCAACUCUCGAGUCGAUUUUGGAUCAAAAUUUGGCUGAAGCGAAGACUGCAGAAGUAAAGCCGGUCGAGGAGCCGAAAGUCGCAACGCCUCCAAUGAAAGAGGAAUCGAUUGUGCGUUAUAACCGUGACUUCAUGAUUUCUUUGCAGAAAAAAGAAAAUGUGAUUCCAGCUCCAAGUGAACAGCACUAUGUUUCAAAGGAAAGAAUGCAACUUGUUCUUGAAGAGCCAGUCGAGGAGGUCACUGCUACGCUUCAAAAACUUCCAAAUCCUGCCUUCAGUAACCAAGACUUCAACGCACGCCCAGUGAUGCAGCCAAAGGAGCGACAUCAAACCAGUGCUAUGUCGACUCGUUCGAACGAUGGAUCUGAUGAUGGAUGGGGCUCGGUCAAACCUGUCGAAGGACCUAAGCCGCUUCAAGCCAUAGCUCCACCACAAAUGGCUGCAAAUGGUGGGCUUAGUAAGACGGCUAUGAUUUCAACUCCUAAUGUUAUUGGCGCCAAGUCAAGCCUAUGGCUAUUCUAUUCGCUUUCAAGAGGGCAUGCUGGGAAUUGCGGUGACGAGUGUGGUGCAAUGUGGAGGGGCAAGAAAGACAAGGCGCCACAACCUGCAGCAGCCAAGCCAAAUCCGGGCGAGAAGAAAUUGAACCCGAACAAUGUGGAUAUGACUGACAGAUGGGUGAACCUCGGAGACACGGCCGUUCCC